GAGCAAAGGAUAAACAUAAAAUACCUUGGGUAUCAUGGAGUAAGAUGACCAGGCUAAAGCAAUAUGAAGGAAUGGGCUUUAAGGACCUUCAUCAGUUCAAUAUUGCUUUAUUGGCGAAACAGGUUUGGAGAAUGAUCAAAGAGCCGCAGUCUCUCCUUACACGAGUCCUCCAAGCAAAGUAUUUCUCCAAAUCUCAACUGAUAGAUGCAAGCUUAGGUCAUCGUCCUAGUCACGCAUGGAGAAGCAUUCAUCAAAGCAUACAACUCAUUAAGCAAGGACUAAGCUGGAGAAUAGGGGACAGUAAUACUGUUAGGAUAUGGAGUGAUAAUUGGAUUGACAAUCCUCCACGUCCAGCAAGAAUGGCACACCAAAACCAACAAGGCCUUAAAUCUCCGAAGGUGACAGAUCUAAUGAUACCCUCUACAUCGCAGUGGAGCUCAGAGAGAGUUCAAGAGUUAGUACACCCAGAAGACAUCAAACACAUACGAAGGAUCAGACCUCACAUCAUUAAGAUGGAUCAUGGCUCAACAAUCAAAGCAAUGCUGGAAUAGGAUGGACACUGCACAAUGAGCAAGGUGACUGUAUCUUGAAGGGAUCUUUAUCAAUUGAGCCCACCAGUUCAGCUCUUGAGGCAGAGGCCUUUGCACUCAGGGAAGCUAUCUUCCAGACUAAGCGUCUUGGUUAUUAUCCGGUUACCUUCUGUGGAGAUUCAAGGAUUAUAUAUACUUACUUAGAAAAGGUUCAGAAAAGAGAAUGUUCAUUUGAACAUGUUGCUGAAGUUCAAGGGUGCUUGGAGGACAUACUCGCUUUGAGUAAUAGUCUCUAUAAAUUUAAAUUUGUUGAUAAAAAUAACAAUGUUUUAGCUCAUGCACUAGCAAAGGAGGCUAGAAUUAAGAAUUCUCCUUUAAUCAUCUCUUGGGUUUGUAAUAUAUGAUCAAACAAUGUACUCAUACUUUUAUGAUAGAAUGU